UGGCUCUCUCUUUGCAGAACACAUGAGUUUUAACCACGCCUCUAAACAGGGAGGUUGUGUCUCAUUACCAAUCAACUGCCAGGACUGCAGAUAUGGGAGGGGCUGUAGUUUGGAGAGAGGGUGAGGAAGGGACGCAGGUAUGAGUGGUUUUGGUGACAGUUGGAAGAGAGAUUGGACUUUACACGCUGAGAGAAGACGAGAAGAUCAGAGACACAUGGACACCAUUAGAAGAUCACUGCUGAGACAGCCUUCCGCCUCUUCCUGCUCUAUCUAUCAUCGUCACUCAGUAGGAGGGGCUGAGGGUAACGAGGUGGGUGGGAUUGAGUUGAAGCUCGACCAACCAGAGUCCGAGGAGGAGCUGGAAGCGGAGCCUAAAGGUGACAUCAUUGCCUUGGUGUUACGGCAAUCACUGCAUCACAGGAAGACCGUAAUCUACCUAUGUCUUUCAACACUCAUAUUCACUACAGCGUUUCUAUUGGGCUACGUGGCUUUCCGUGGGUCGUGCCACUAUUGUGGUGUUGAGGGGGAGAUGGUCCCUGCAGAGGAUAAGCCUGGAACGGACCAUGACAACCUGGUGGAGGGUAUGUACCUGGGGGAACUACGGGACAUGCUGAAGAAAUACCUGCAAGACGAGAAGAUAGAGAGCACUGUCAGGCGAGUCAGCAGGACGACCCACCCAUCGGGGUCCUCGGAGGGCACAGCUCUGGCAGCAGAGAUACUAGAGACGUUUAAAGAUCUCCACAUGGACCACACCUGGACCGACUCACACUAUGCUACACUACAGUUCCCCUCCAGGAUCCAGAGGAACUCUCUAUGGAUGGUGGAUUCACAGGGAGAGGUGUUGGAGGAGAUUCCUCUGGAAGAUCCAGACUCCUACUGUGCCUACAGCGCCACCGGCACCGCCACGGGGGGCGUGGUGUAUGUAAAUUACGGCCGCCAGCAGGAUUUUGACUGGCUGCAGUCUUCGGGAGUGUCUGUGGUUGGCUGCGUUGUAGUGAUGCGUGUGGGGGGCGGGGUUAGUUAUGCUGAGAAGGUGCUAUUGGCUCAGAAGGCUGGAGCAGGCGGAGCCUUGAUCUAUCCAGAUCCUGCUGAUAUCUCUCAGGACCCUCGACGCCUGGGGCUAAACAGUUACACCGCUAUAUCAGAACACGUCCAUCUGGGAUCAGGUGACCCCUUCACCCCUGGCUUCCCCUCCUUCAACCACACCCAGUUCCCGCCCACACAGUCCUCUGGCCUGCCUGUCAUCCCUGCUCAGCCAAUCAGUGCCAACGUAGCCUCCAAGCUACUCAGUCAAUUGACCGGUCCAGUGUGCCCGCGCGGUUGGCAGGGCCGGCUGCCAUACGUCCGUUGUGUCCUGGGGCGGGGCUUCACCUCUGCAGACGGCAGGAGGAUCAGGAUGGGGGUCUAUAACACCAUGACUCCUGUUCUACUGAACAACAUCUUCUCUUCUCUGGAGGGAAGGAUAGAACCUGACCAGUACAUUAUAAUGGGGGCCCAGAGAGAUGCGUGGGGGCCGGGGGCGGUGAAGGCCGGGGUUGGAACAGCCAUCCUACUGGAGCUGGCUCGAACCUUCAGCAACAUGGUGCAGAACGGUUUCUACCCCAGGAGGAGUCUGUUGUUUGUCAGUUGGGACGCUGGAGACUUUGGGAACGUUGGUGCCACAGAGUGGUUGGAGGGUUACCUGUCCAUGCUACACCUGAAGGCCGUGGCGUACUUCAGUCUGGACCAGGCGGUUAUGGGUGAUGAUAACCUGUCGGCCUACACUAGUCCUCUACUGCUCGAUCUAAUAGAAUCAGCCAUCAAACAGGUGGAGCAUCCUAAACACACAGGCCAGACCAUCUACAGCCAGGCAGAGAAAGAGGGGGGCAGCUGGAAGAUUAUUAAGCCAUUGUACCUGAACAGCGGGGCAUAUAGUUUCACAGCCUUUGGAGGAGUUCCUGCUAUGGAGCUACGCUUCAACGAGGACUCCCGCCCCUACCCGUUUGUCAACACCCCAUUGGACACCUCCGGGCGACUCCAGGAAGUCCUGGGGGGUCGUCUGGGGGUCGUAGGGCGGAGCCUAGGAGAGCUGGUUGGUCUGAUGGUGCUGCGAUUGGCUCACGACCACAUCCUGCCUCUACGCAUCACUACCUACUCCCAUACUGCACUGCAGUUCAGCGCCCAGCUCAACAAGCACUCUGCCGAGCUACAGGCUCGUGGUCUCUCUCCUCAGUGGGUGUUCAGUGCUAGAGGAGACUACAGCAGAGCAGCUGAGACCCUGCAGGAGGCCAUACUGAACUCUGAUGUACAGGACGAGACUAUGACACGCAUCUACAACACACGCAUGAUGAGGGUAGAGUAUUACUUCCUGUCCCAGUACGUGUCUGUGGUUGAGACUCCGUUCCGUCACGUUUUGCACGGUCGGGGGGAACACACUCUGAGUGCUCUCACCGAACACCUUUCUCUACUGACCUCCGACCCCAGGCGCUUCAACGAGGCCCUUUUCCGACGGCAACUAGCCCUGUUCACCUGGACACUGCAGGGAGCCGCCAACGCUCUGAGUGGAGACAUUUGGAACAUAGACAAUGUCUUCUAACAUAAACACAUGUAGAGAUGCAUACACACACACACACACACACACACACACACACACACACAGACACACACACACACACACACACACUAUACACACACACACACUAUACACAAACACACUAUACACACUCUAUCUCACCUCUCUGUCCUGUCAGUAUUUCUGGUGUAGGCAGACAGACACCUCUCUGUCCUGUCAGUAUUUCUGGUGUAGGCAGACAGACACCUCUCUGUCCUGUCAGUAUUUCUGGUGUAGGCAGACAGACACCUCUCUGUCCUGACAGUAUUUCUGGUGUAGGCAGACAGACACCUCUCUGCCCUGACAGUAUUUCUGGUGUAGGCAGACAGACACCUCUCUGUCCUGUCAGUAUUUCUGGUGUAGGCAGACAGACACCUCUCUGUCCUGACAGUAUUUCUGGUGUAGGCAGCUAUAGUCCAGUCUACUGCAUAGGGCUCUAGUCCAGUCUACUGCAUAGGGCUCUAUUCCAGUCUACUGCAUAGGGCUCUAUUCCAGUCUACUGCAUAGGGCUCUAGUCCAGUCUACUGCAUAGGGCUCUAUUCCAGUCUACUGCAUAGGGCUCUAGUCCAGUCUACUGCAUAGGGCUCUAGUCCAGUCUACUGCAUAGGGCUCUAGUCCAGUCUACUGCAUAGGGCUCUAUUCCAGUCUACUGCAUAGGGCUCUAGUCCAGUCUACUGCAUAGGGCUCUAGUCUAGUCUACUGCAUAGGGCUCUAGUCCAGUCUACUGCAUAGGGCUCUAGUCCAGUCUACUGCAUAGGGCUCUAGUCCAGUCUACUACAUAGGGCUCUAAUCUAGUCUACUGCAUAGGGCUCUAGUCCAGUCUACUGCAUAGGGCUCUAGUCUAGUCUACUGCAUAGGGCUCUAUUCCAGUCUACUGCAUAGGGCUCUAGUCCAGUCUACUGCAUAGGGCUCUAGUCCAGUCUACUGCAUAGGGCUCUAGUCUAGUCUACUGCAUAGGGCUCUAUUCCAGUCUACUGCAUAGGGCUCUAGUCCAGUCUACUGCAUAGGGCUCUAGUCCAGUCUACUGCAUAGGGCUCUAUUCCAGUCUACUGCAUAGGGCUCUAGUCCAGUCUACUGCUUAGGGCUCUAGUCCAGUCUACUGCAUAGGGCUCUAUUCCAGUCUACUGCAUAGGGCUCUAGUCUAGUAUACUAUAGGGCUCUAGACCAGUCUAGUGUACUAUAUAGGGCUCUAGACUAGUAUACUAUAGGGCUCUAGACCAGUCUAGUGUACUAUAUAGGGCUCUAGUCCAGUGUAGGGUACUAUAUAGUGUACAGGGUGUUAUUUGGGAUUGCUCUUGAGCGUUAAUCUGUGUGAUUCUUUAGUAUUUCCUCUCCAUGAUGACCUGGUUGCUCCUCCAUGGCUGAUCCCCAAAUGGCUCCCUAUUGCCUUUAUAGUGCACUAUAUGACACCCUGGUAAUGAGUGUAGUGCGCUCUAUAGGGAAUAGGGUACCGUUGGGACUCACCCUAUAGGAUCCUGUUACUUCUAUAGACACUGACCUAGGAUCAGUUUUGUACUCUCUCUGCCUGGUGGUCAGGCUUAGAGUGGUGCAGGGUGAUCUGGUCCUAGAUCAGCCCUUAGGGAUAGUAACGACCUCCAGGUUUCUGAUGUAACAGUGAUUAUCGGGGGCAGUGACUCCCAUAAUUAUGACAGUUAUACAGUACUGUCCUCCAAUCAAACAGCAGUAUCUGCUAUCAAUCAACCCUCAUGUCACAAACGCGGGAGUGGGGCUUAAAUGGUGAAGGUGAGAGGUCAAGCCAGGUGACCUGAUUUGUUCAAUGGAGCCUGGGUAUUAUUUUGCUGACGCCUCCCUUUCUCUGAGAAUAACCUUAGAACCCUGACCUCCUUGUUUGUGACAUCACAGGUCAGCCAGUGUUGUUGAGGAGUGUAGUGUUUUGCUACUUUGUCCCAAUAAAGUAUUUUCCUCUUGUUUCAUAACCA